AUGGGAACAAAGCGUGCAGAAAAGAUCGACUUCGAGAAGCUCCCAGCCGGAACGAUCCGCAUUGACUGUUCGGGGGCCUAUAUUGCUAAUGACCAUCUUAUCAGAGGCUCACUCUCCCCAGCUCUUACAACUCCAUCUCCACAGACAUCAGAUAACUCUUCCGAGAGUGAAGAAGAACAAGCUUUCUCGGAAACCGCAGCAGAGGCUGCUGCAAGAGACUCGAAGAAUGCACAUAUUGCCCUUCCCAAGCACAACUCGGAGGUAAUCCACAUCGCUGUUGACAUCGGCGGAACCCUAACAAAACUUGUCUAUUUCACGGCUUCUUCGCGCUCCGGGACAACAGGAGGUGGAAAGUUGCACUUUCAAGACUUUCAAACAGGCUCUUUUGAGGAUGGAGCCUUGGACUUCAUGGUUAGACUUGUGAAACGCAGCACAUCCAAAAAGAAUUAUCCUCCAAUUACUUACAUUAUUGCAACAGGUGGAGGCGCCCAUAAAUUUUACAAGUUGAUGAGCGCCAGUUUCAAGAAGCACAAACUUCCUAUGAUGAUCAUAAAAAAAGACGAAAUGGAAUGCCUCAUCAAGGGCCUUGAUUGGCUCAUUACAAAAAUUCCCAACGAAAUCUUUACCUACGAUUUGGAUCAAGAUCAUAUCCGCUUUGUACCCAACAUGGAGACAGACACCGAUGUAUAUCCAUACUUGUUGGUGAACAUAGGCUCUGGUGUCUCUAUGAUCAAAGUGACUGGCCCUGGUCCUAAGGGAUUCGAAAGAAUUGGCGGCUCUUCGCUUGGAGGCGGAACCCUUUGGGGCUUGUUGCUGCUUUUAACAGAUGCUCAAGACUACAAUGAGAUGCUUGAAAUGGCCCAAAACGGAGACAACGAGAAUAUUGACUUGUUAGUCGGAGAUAUCUAUGGCACCAGCUAUAACAAGAUUGGAUUAAAGUCAAAUCACAUUGCUUCCUCUUUUGCAAAAGUAUUUAAGAAGCUUCGUUUCAGUCAGCUGGGCAAGAAAAUGACCGUGGCAGAGAAAUUGUCCAACUUCAAACAAGAGGAUAUCGCCCGCUCACUUUUGUACCUGGUCUCUAAUAACAUUGGUCAAAUUGCGUACCUUCAAGCGUUAAGAUUUGGCCUCAAACGUAUUUAUUUCGGUGGUAGCUAUAUCUCCGGUCACAUGCAAACGAUUCACACGUUAAGCUACGCCCUGAAUUUCUGGUCGAAGGGAGAGAUGAAAUCAUACUUUCUCAGACAUGAGGGAUAUUUGGGCAGCGUGGGAGCUUUUAUGAUGGGACCCAAUGGUGAUAUGGCGAAUGGGAAAGAGAGUGAAGAAUAG